AUGGCCCUUUCAAAGCAUAUCAACCCGGACAAACUCAUUCGCGAGUCCAAGGAUAAAAAGUACCAUCAUCACCAUCUGACUGGUACAAACGCCAAUUCCUCGUCUCACCCGUAUGGAGCACGAUACGGGACCGCAGCUAUCCCCAAGUUCCAUCUUCCUUCUCAGGGGACUGGCGCGGAGACCGCUUACCAGCUGAUCCAUGACGAACUGACCCUUGAUGGAUCUCCCAGUCUCAACCUUGCCUCCUUUGUUCAUGUCUGGAUGCCAGAGCCCGCGAACAAGCUGAUGAUGGAAAACAUGUCCAAAAAUUUGAUAGAUCAGGAUGAGUACCCUAUGACGCAGCAAAUUCACACUCGGUGUAUCUCGAUCCUUGCUGAUCUUUGGCAUGCGCCAUCGACUCAUCAGGCAGUUGGGACUGCCACCACUGGCUCAUCGGAAGCCAUACAGCUGGGUGGUCUCGCCAUGAAGCGACGCUGGCAAGAGCGUCGCAAGGCCGAGGGCAAGUCCAUACAUGAGCCUGGCCCCAACAUCGUAAUGGGUGCGAAUGCCCAAGUCGCUCUUGAAAAGUUUGCACGUUACUUCGAGGUCGAAUGCCGCCUCGUACCGGUUAGUGUUGAGAGCAAGUAUAGGCUCGACCCCAAGAAAGCUAUGGAGUACGUUGAUGAGAAUACCAUUGGCGUUUAUGUCAUCCUCGGCAGUACUUACACCGGUCACUACGAACCCGUAAAGGAGAUGUCGGACCUUCUCGACGAGUAUGAGAAGAGGACUGGAAUCAGUGUCCCCAUCCAUGUCGACGGAGCUUCUGGGGCCUUUAUUGCGCCCUUUGCGCAUCCAAAACUGAUUUGGGACUUCAAGCUUCCACGGGUUGUCUCUAUCAACACCUCAGGUCACAAGUUCGGUCUGGCUUACGUAGGUGUCGGCUGGGUGAUAUGGCGCUCCAAGGAGUACCUUCCGAAGGACCUCAUCUUUGAGCUGCAUUACCUUGGUUCAGUCGAGUACUCGUUCUCACUGAACUUCUCCCGUCCUGCUGCGCCCAUCAUUGCUCAAUACUUUAACUUCAUCCACCUCGGAUUUGAGGGAUAUCGCGCGGUAGCCAAGGAUGACCUCAAGAAUGCAAGGCUUUUGAGUCGUGCUCUCGAAAAUUCCGGCUGGUACACAGUUCUCAGCGACAUACACCGACUAAAAGCCGAGACGCUCCAGGAGGGUGCCCACGCAACUGCGAACUUCGACGAAGAAAACCCGGAGAACUAUGAAGAAGGUCUUCCGGUUGUGUCAUUCCGGUUCUCCGACAGCUUCCAGGAGAAAUACCCUGAAGUCCAACAGAAGUGGAUUCAGACUCUUCUGCGAGCUAAAGGGUGGAUUGUCCCGAACUACGAGCUUGCCCCCGACUUGGAACAUGUUCAAAUUCUUCGGGUCGUUGUUAAGGAGAAUAUGACUGGAUCGCUCGUGGACCGCCUGGUUGAAGAUAUCGUUGAGGUUACUCAAGACCUUAUCGAUCACGCGUCUUCGGCACAUGCCCUCAACUUGCUUGGGAGCCACAGCCAUAGGAAAAGUAUUGGUCAGACGGAUGAGGGCUCUGCGUACUCUGGUACGUACUCGAAGCAAUGUUAG